AUGGAGACCCUCUUCCUGCUGCUCUUGGCCUCCUCCCUCCCGGCCAGUAGCCCCCGUGGCCCCGAAGACUCCCUUCCGAGGAAAGAGGGCCCGAGGCCGCCGUCCUGCGUCCGAUGCUGCGGCCCCUCUGAGCAGCCGGCCUCCAUCACCGCCUCCCGCUUCGCACGCAUGACCAGCGACUCCUUUUACCGCCUGCCCAGGAUCCGGCCCACCAUCGACAUCACCAUCUUGAAGGGCGACAAGGGCGAAAUGGGUGCGCCAGGGAUUUCCGGCCCAGAAGGCGAAGCAGGUGAACCUGGUCCGCAGGGGCAACUGGGCCGCAAAGGCCAAAAGGGUCAAGCCGGCCGGCCGGGCGAUUCUUGCAAGCAGCAUUACGUCGCCUUCUCUGUCGCCCGGACGAAGGCCCUCCACAGUUCGGACUAUUACCAGCACGUCACAUUCGACACGGUGCUGGUCAACCUCCACGGUCACUUCAACAUGUUCACGGGGAGGUUCUUCUGCUACGUGCCGGGCAUCUACUUCUUCAACCUGAACGUCCACACUUGGAACUACAAGGAGACCUACCUGCACAUCAUGAAGAACGACGGAGAGGUAGCCAUCCUCUAUGCCCAGCCCAGUGAGCGGAGCAUCAUGCAGAGCCAGAGCCUCAUGCUGAGCCUCCAGGAAGGCGACGAGGUCUGGGUGCGGAUGUUCAAGCGGGAACGGGAGAACGGCAUCUACAGCGAAGAGUCCGACGUCUACAUCGUCUUCAACGGACACCUGAUUAAGCCAGACAUCGAUUGAAUUGGAUGAGGAUUAGCUCCAUCUUGUUUGCAAAAUGUGCCAUCCAAGAAGACAUUGGUAGGACUACCUUUGAGCUUCU